AUGGUUCCAGCCAUGGCCAGAGUCAAGACACGGACGUCUCAGCAGACCUCUAGGCCUGUCCGAGGAUCUCCAAGGAAAAUCUGCGAUAAUAGGAGUCAAGACUCCAUAUUGACAGCAGACAAAAGGUCCCCUGAUGAGCUUCGUGUCUCCUACACAAACGGCAAGAGGUCCUUCCAGUGCGGCGUGUGUGACAAAGUCUUCAGCCGCAGGACGCACCUGCGAACACACCUGUUUUCUCACGCUCGCGUCAAACGGUACGCCUGUGACGUGUGUGGCAAGAAGUUUGCGCACAACAAGAACCUGGUGAUCCACAGUCGCACGCACACGGGCGAGAGGCCCUUCGAGUGUUCGUCGUGCCCGGCCACGUUCACCAGCCGCGAGAAUCUGAGAAGACACAUGAUGACUCACACCGGCGAAAGAGCGCACGAGUGCGACGUCUGUGGAAAGAGAUUUGCCAUGAAAGCAAAGCUCGUGUACCACGCACUCACUCAUUCGGGGGAGAAGGCGUUCGCCUGCCGGAUAGUGCAGUUCUGCAUCCAGCCAUGGCCAGAGGCAAAAGACGGACGUCGCAACAGGCCUCCAGCCCUGUCCAAGGAUCUCAACGAACAAUCUGCGAGAAUCGGAGGCAAGAUGCCGCCGCAUCGACAGCAGACAAAGGGAAUCCAGCUGUGA